AUGAUAGACAUCCCAGAACUUGGGGAUAUUCCAGGAUCGACCUAUGCGGUCAUUGGUAUCUCUGCACUUGCAUUGCUCGCCUAUCGACGACGUGCCAAUAGCGGAUCGCUAAACCAGAUACCGACCGUAGGCUACUCGUGGCCCAUCCUGUCGUACUGGAGUGCCAUCCGCUUUCUGUUCGAUGGAAAGGCCAUGCUGGAAGAGGGAUACUCCAAGUACAAGGGUGGCCUGUUCAAGAUACCUAUGACGGAUAACUGGACUAUCGUCCUCACCAGUCCGCAGCUUAUCGACGAAGCACGCCAAGCACCAGACGAGCAACUAUCGUUCAUGGCAGCUGCUGACUUGAGCAUACAAAACGAGUAUACUAUAGGAGAAAGCAAUAUGUCCAAUCCGUAUCAUAUCAAUAUCAUCAAGUCACAGCUAAGAAGGAAUUUGGGGGAUAUGUUUGGGGAUCUUCGGGAUGAAAUUGCUCAUUCGUUUGAGGACACCAUACCCACGAAUGGCCACGGUGCUUAUUCAAUUGCUGAGGGAUCUGUUUCAGAAUGGGUGAAAGUCCCCGUUUACGAGGCCAUCCUGGAUAUUGUUUGCCGUUCUAGCAACCGUACCUUCGUCGGAUUGCCGUUAUGCCGCGAUCCCGACUAUAUGGAGUUGAACAUCAACUUCACCAUGGACGUCGUGAAAGCUGGAUUUAUGAUCAACCGUUUCCCCAACUUUCUCAAACCGAUUGCAGGUCGCAUGUUCAGCAAAUUGCCAUCGCAUCUCGAGCGUGCAGGGAAGCACCUAAGACCCCUCAUCGAAGAACGGCGGAAGAUGGUGGAAGAGCUUGGGGAUGACUGGACCGACAAACCGAGCGAUUUCCUGAUGUGGCUGAUGGAAGCUGCUCAGGGCGAAGAGCGCACCGUGCCCAACUUGGCAAGGAGGAUUCUGUCGACGAACUUCGCGGCGAUUCAUACAUCCUCCAUCAGCUUCACACAUGCUUUAUACCGCCUCGCCGACAAUCCCCAAUGUGUUCCGGAAAUGCGGGAAGAGAUCGACGCUGUUGUCGCGACGGAUGGAUGGACGAAGAUAGCGAUGGGGAAGAUGAACAAGCUCGACAGUUUCUUGCGUGAAUGUCAGCGUAUGGACGGUAUCGGGCUUCUCGUAAUGGGCCGCUAUGUCUUCAAACCCUUCACGUUCUCGAACGGCAUCACCAUCCCUAAAGGCUCUGUCAUAGAAUGUGCCUCCGGCGCGAUACACUAUGAUGACGAGUAUCACGCCGACGCGGGGGUGUUCGAUCCGUUCCGGUGGUCAAAGAUGAGGGAGAAUGAAGGGGAGAAGACGAAGCAUCAGAUGGUGUCUACAGAGUUUGAGUAUUUGCCGUUUGGGCAUGGUCGACACGCGUGCCCGGGACGAUUCUUCGCGGCAAACGAGUUGAAGGCGAUGUUGGCGCAUGUAUUGAUGGAAUAUGAUGUGAAGCUGGAGGGAGCCUUUCCCAAGAGCAUGAAUGUGGGGUCAUCCGUCAUUCCUGCGAAGGCGAAUGUCUUGUUCAGGAAGAGGCAGAGCCCAAACUGCCAGUAA